AUGACUUGGAAAGAAAUUCGCGAUGAAUCCUCGUUCACUGCUUCUAUAGCAGAUACGUCUAAUGUUCAUGAACAACUGGCUCUCGUUCUGGAGGAGCACGAGUCGCUGGCAUUAACGGUUUCGCAAUUGGAAGAACGCAACAUGAAACUCGAAGGUUUAAUCCUCAACCUUGCAAGAGAGAAAUGGGAAACAGAGAAUAAUGCUUUUGAAAUGUUCACAAAGAGCAUACGUCUUCUGGAAAAAGUUUGCAAUAAAAGCUUGCCUAUUUCUACUGCCGAACAAGAAUACAAGCGACUUCUGCGAACAGCCCUAGAUUCACAAUUUCAAAGACUGGAGAGAGCACAAAAAAGGAACUACACAUUGAAGUCUGAUGCCGAAAAGUUAGAUGAGUUGCAUUCUGUUUGUUUUACGCAGGAUUUAAACUGA